AUUUAUAACGUAUAUGGAAAAUGAGUGAAUUUUGACGGCAACCAUGUUUUACUCGUGUUAACUGAACUGUCAGCCAAUCUAACCUCUUUCUUUUUCUAAAGUAACUACAUUCGAUUAUCAGAAUGGGUCGUGUUAUUCGCGCUCAGCGUAAAGGAGCUGGAUCAGUUUUCGUAGCCCAUACGAAAAAACGGAAGGGAGCCGCCAAAUUGCGUUCAUUGGAUUACGCUGAACGUCAUGGUUACAUCAAGGGUGUAGUGAAGGAAGUCGUUCAUGACCCAGGUCGUGGUGCACCACUUGCCCUCGUGCACUUCCGCGAUCCAUACCGCUACAAAAUUCGCAAGGAAGUUUUCAUUGCCCCAGAAGGUUUGUACACUGGCCAAUUUGUGUACUGCGGAAAGAAAGCCACUUUGCAAAUCGGCAAUGUGAUGCCAUUGAGCCAAAUGCCAGAAGGUACCAUUGUUUGCAAUUUGGAAGAAAAGACCGGUGAUCGUGGACGUUUAGCCCGUACAUCUGGAAACUAUGCAACAGUUAUUGCCCACAAUCCAGACACACGUAAAACUCGUGUCAAGUUGCCAUCGGGCGCUAAAAAAGUUGUACCAUCAAACAACCGUGCUAUGGUUGGUAUUGUUGCUGGCGGUGGACGUAUCGACAAACCAAUCUUGAAAGCUGGUCGUGCUUACCACAAAUACAAAGUUAAGCGUAACUGCUGGCCAAAGGUUCGUGGUGUGGCUAUGAACCCCGUUGAGCAUCCUCACGGUGGUGGUAACCAUCAACACAUUGGUAAAGCCUCGACUGUCAAACGAGGAACAUCGGCCGGUCGUAAAGUUGGUCUCAUUGCUGCCCGUCGUACCGGUAGAAUCCGUGGUGGUAAAGCAGAAACAAAGAAAGAAGCUAAAUAAACACAAUACCAUCAUCAUCAUCGUGUUUCAGCUCCCCGUGUUUUGUUCUACAAUAUACAAAUUGUUUGUGUGUAUGUCGAACAUAAUAAUAAAUGGAUAAAUUUUAUUAUUAAAACGUACAUUUACGAAUUCAUCA